AUGGGAACAUUUGGUUCAAGCAUGGCAAGUUUGUUCUUCUUCUGGGCAACUUUUCAGCAGAUCUUCCCUGAUCACCUCAAGAUGGCAAUCAAAGAGUUUCUUUUGUCUGCAAUCCAACAACUCUCUUUUGUCCAAAGAUUCUCCGACCGGAUCAUCAACUUCUUCUCUCCGUACGUUGUCAUCAACUUCCCAGAGUACGAAGAGUACCGUUUCAACCACGCUUUCGCAGCUAUAGACACUUACCUUGGGGCGAAAUCAACCGAUAAAGCCCAGAAGCUUAGGGCAAGUCAAGUCAAAGAGAGCAAAGGUCUAGUCUUGAAACGUGACGAGACUAAAGUCAGAGACAUAUACCAAGGAAUUAACGUCUGGUGGGAGAUUGUGACUGAUGCUGAAGGAGACAGAACUCACAGGCUCACUUUCCAUAGACGUGGAUUAGAGAUUGUAACCGGAUCUUACAUUAAGUACGUGAUGGAUGAAGGGAAAUCGAUUGAAGCGAAGAACAAGAAGAUGAAGCUGUUCACCAAUAACCCUAGUCUCAACUGGGAUUCUAGCAAGAAGAGCUUGUGGAGACACAUUGAUUUCGAGCAUCCAGCGAGUUUUCAGACGCUAGCGAUGGAUCCUAAGAAGAAAGAGGAGGUUUUGAAUGAUCUCGAGGCGUUUAGAAAUGGGAAAGAGUAUUACAAGAAGAUUGGGAAAGCUUGGAAAAGGGGUUACCUAUUGUACGGACCACCAGGGACUGGUAAAUCCACGAUGAUCGCGGCUAUGGCGAAUCAUUUGAACUACAGUAUCUAUGAUCUCGAGCUCACGGCUAUACAGAGCAACUCGGAGCUGAGGAAACUCCUCACGGCUACAUCGAGCAAGUCGAUUAUUGUGAUUGAAGAUAUCGAUUGUUCUGUAGACCUAACGGGUAAGAGAAGGAAGAAAUACGGUGACUUCAGCAGCAAGAAAGAUGGAGAACAAGGCAGUGAAGAACAAAACCGGAGUAGUAGAGUGACACUCUCUGGUCUUUUGAAUUUCAUAGAUGGGAUAUGGUCGGCUUGCGGACAAGAGAGGAUUAUCGUCUUCACCACGAAUCAUAUGGAGAAACUAGACCCGGCUUUGAUCAGGAGAGGAAGAAUGGAUAUGCACAUUGAGCUGUCUUAUUGCAGUUUCGAGGCGUUCAAGGUUCUUGCCAAGAACUACUUGGAUAUUGAUACUCAUCCUCUGUUUGGUGAGAUCGAAGCUUUCUUGAAGGAAACAAAGAUUGCUCCAGCUGAUGUAGCCGAGAAGCUGAUGUCCAAGAAUCAUAAAAUAGAUGUCGAUGGAUCCCUGAAGGACUUGGUUGACAGUUUGGAGAGGAGAAAGGAGUAUCAGAGAGGUCACAGUAAUGGUCACGAGAAGAAAUCUGGCGGCAAGAAACUCGGAAUAUUUCGUGGACUGUUUUAG